AUGGUGAACACCGACGGCACAAUCAACCUUGCCAUCUUUGACUACGCAGAGUUCACCGAAUUUGUCCUUUACAGGUUUACUACAAAAGACACACCGUACCUCUCCCUACGGGAUAUGCCUCUGAUGCUACUGCUUUUUUCAAGACUGUGUGCGAGCGAGGCCCAGGCCGGAUCGAUCAAGGCUGGUGGAAAGCAGCCCCUCCGUUACCACCAAUAUGUUGAACUCUGCAAGCAAAGUCUCAAGAAGUUUGACGACGGCUUCAUGCACCUCUUCCUAACGCUGACCUGGAACCUCAUGCGUCAAGUCAAAAACCGACCAGGGCGGGACAAAACGGCGUGA